CACUCUCUCUCUCUCUGAUACUGUUUUUGAUAACUAUUCCUUCCCUUAUAUAAACAAUUUUAGUGAUUUACAAUUACCAAGUCACUACUCCAUCAUUUCCUCUCACUUCCCUCUCUCUUUCUCUCAAUAUUUUUUUUUUCUUUAGCCCCAGAAGUCAGCGCUGUCCACUCUUCCUAUCUCUCUGCCUUGCCUAGUUGUUCACUCACCCAAUUGUUUCAUAUGGUUUGAGACUUGAGAGGAUAACAACUAGCAACAAUCCUACAAAAAAAAAAUAUUUUUGUUUACAAUUUUUAGGUGAGAGAACUCCGCCGUAUAUAGUGCCCUCACAAAUGACUGAUUGGGAUCUAAAUGCGGUGGUGCGUAGUUGCAAAUACUCCACCACCACCACCAACACCACUGCUGCUUUAGAAAACCCUUUCUCUUGUUUGGCUUCUCUAAAUUUUAAGGAAGAAAGUGACCCCUUUUCUUUUCCUCACUUUGUAGAGCCCAGAACCAAUGCUUUCCAAGAAUUACAAGAACUUUGCAAACCCUUUUUCCCCACCACCACCGCCGCCGCCACCACCACCUUCACCACAACAAGUCAUGGUGUCAAACCCAAUUCCUCUAUUUCUGAUCUACAACAUCGCUUACAUGGAUCCUCCUCUUUUGGUUUCCGGGGAAUCCUAGAUCAACAACGACUGCAAGGUCCUCAACAACAACAACAGCAAGUCUAUCAACAGGAAUUUCUAAAGCCUCAAGCCAGCUCUCCCAUGUCUUUACCAACCAUGCAAUCUCAGGUCCCCAGGGCAAGAAAAAGGAAGAACCAGCAGAAGAGAACAGUAAGACAUGUAACCGAAGAAAAUCUCUCUGCGGAUGUGUGGGCAUGGCGUAAGUACGGACAAAAGCCCAUCAAAGGCUCUCCAUAUCCAAGAAACUACUACCGGUGCAGUAGCACAAAAGGGUGUGCUGCAAGAAAACAAGUAGAGCGAAGCAACACUGACCCCAACACUUUCAUCGUCACCUACACAGGCGAACACACUCACCCUCGUCCCACUCAUCGAAACUCACUAGCUGGCAGUGUGCGCAAUAAAUUUAAGUCCACAGACACAGCCAAUACCAAUGGUAAUAUUGCUUCAUGCUUAUCUCCACAGUCAGCUUCAUGUCUCUCUCCCACAACACCACUGACAGUGCUUCAAACAGAUGAAGAGGCAGCCAACCAGAACAUCAACGAAGAGACUAAUAAGAUGAUAGAUGGGAACGAUAAAGAGAGUGAGGAAAUGGUUGAUGAUGAUGAUGAUGAUGAUGAUGACAUUCUGAUUCCAAACAUAGCGAUGAAUGAGGACAUCUUCAUGGGGCUUCAAGAACUUGGUUAUGGCAAUAGCCCUGGCGGAGGGUCUGGGAACAAUUUCUCCGGCGGUUCUACCCCUCGUGGAGGAGCGAGUUCGGGUUCUUCUUGGGCUCCGUGUGGAUCUGCAGCGGCCGUGGGUGGGUGUUAAGAUUUCAACACAUGACAGCAUUCUAUUGGAUCGUGUGCACAAAAGUAUUAGACUCAAGCCUUACUUCUAAAACCUUGGAUCUUUCAUAAUUUUAAUUUUUGGUUUUUUAGAAGUGGGCAUGGAAAUUUCUUGUAUAGUACUCUUUUCUGUUUAUCCUUUUUUAUCUUUUUGGCCACCAAACAAGCAUUGCAUAGAAAAAAAAAGAUGGAGGGAAUAAUCUCUUUUCAUCCAUAGGUUUCUGUUUUAAGUCCUUUUGUUAAUGUAAAAAGACAAUUAGAGUGAUGCAAUUCUAUGCUCUGCACUUUUCCUUUUA